AAACCCGUAUAGAACCCCUGGCGGCUUGCGAGUGGCCGUGGAGGAGCAUUAUCUUGAAAGCCUUUUAAACUCUGGGGGAAAUGGGUUUCUCUGUUUCAGUCUCCCAUGGCCUCUCUUCACAACUCUCAUCUUCCUUACACGGCCAACACGUGUCAUCAUCAUCGUCAAAAUCAACUUUAUUCAUGGCGUUCCCGCUCACUUCCUCUGCUUCUACUCUCUCUGGGAAAGAGCGUCGUUUUGAACAUAAGCUGGUUGUUUAUUCCAAGAAGGUGUCGGGUUUAGAUGAAGCAAUGAGAAUAAGGAGAGAGCGUGAACUUCAGAGUACGACAAAGUUUAGAAGAAGGCCUCCUUUGAGGCGCGGGAAGGUGUCAUCACAUCUUCCUGUGCCUGGCCAUAUACCAAAGCCUCCUUAUUUAAGUUCAAAUAUAUUGCCUGAAAUUUCUAGCGAGCAUCAGAUUCAUGAUGCUGAAGGCAUUGCUCAAAUGAGGGCUGCAUGCGAGCUUGCUGCUCAAGUCUUAGACUAUGCAGGAACAUUAGUUAGGCCAUCAGUGACAACAGAUCAAAUUGACAAAGCUGUGCACCAGAUGAUAAUUGAGGCGGGUGCUUAUCCUUCACCUCUUGGCUAUGGUGGGUUUCCCAAGAGUGUAUGUACUUCAGUUAAUGAGUGCAUGUGCCAUGGAAUACCUGAUUCUCGGCAGCUACAGAAUGGAGACAUAAUAAACGUUGACGUGACUGUGUACCUAAAUGGUUAUCAUGGAGACACCUCAAAGACAUUUCUCUGUGGAGAUGUUAGUGGUGCACUUAAGCGCCUUGUAACAGUAACUGAGGAGUGCAUGGAGAAAGGCAUAGCUGUUUGCAAAGAUGGUGCUAGUUUCAAGAAAAUUGGAAAAAGAAUAAGUGAGCAUGCUGAAAAAUAUGGUUAUGGAGUGGUGGAGCGUUUUGUUGGGCAUGGUGUCGGGACUGUUUUUCAUUCUGAACCAAUUAUAUUGCAUCACCGUAACGAAAAUCCUGGCGUUAUGGUUGAAGGUCAAACAUUUACCAUUGAACCAAUUCUUACACUGGGAGGCAUCGAGUGUGUCACAUGGCCUGACAACUGGACAACUUUGACCGCUGAUGGCAGCCCAGCUGCACAAUUUGAACAUACCAUCCUAAUUACUAGAACCGGUGCCGAAAUUUUGACAAAAUGUUGACACACAAAUCAUUUAAUUGAUUAUAUUUUCUUUCCACCAUCAUGUUUUUCUAUAUCAUGCAUAUAUAGAAAAGGUAAAAAGUGGCUGCCUUCAUAGGAUUCCUGUAAAGUGACAGAAUGUUAAGGUUGUUGGAAAAUGGAAAUGAUAUUUUAGCCAAUGGCAAUUCUGAUGUA